AUGGUGGUAUUAGUAAUUAGGAAGGAAUCGGAAAAGUAUUUAAAAAUUACUUCAAAAAAAGUUGAGAAAACAAAAAUUCGUUGCGCUCCGCGCGGAAAAAAGAAUGAGAAUUUGAUCCAUCACAAAGAUACCUGUUGGAGUAAAGUACCUGUUGAAAUUACAGCGGUAGUAAGCGGAUCCCUGAAUCCAGCAGAUAAUCCUGAUCUUACAACCCGUCCUCAAAUCGCGCAACCAGCAACACAAGCUUUUGGUACAACGGCACCACAUUCACUCUUCACGCACGCAACAGGACCAGCCAUCGUUUGCCCGCCAUCACCACCAACCAGUCGCCAGUCACAAUACAAGCAACAAGGGUCUCCUCGACGAGAAAUCUUACGUCGCGUUCGUCAAACAAUUGGGAAACUAGAAGAAUUUCCCGCUGCAAAACGGCCUCGCAUAGGCACACCACAUCCAACCUCACCACCACCAUCGCAUCGGCACUUCGCGCCGAUAGUUGCCUCGUCACCGAUUGUGCCGAAAGUACUAGUUCCAGUAGUACCACGUAUCGUCACAACAAUAACAACUAGCACAAGGACAUUGGCUCCGUUAGUACCGCCUCCACAACCACCGGCACAGCAGCAACAAUUACAGACAACCACGGCACAAGUUUGUAAGCCAUCAGUGUGGAUGAUGCCAGCAAAAAACUGGAGAUCGUCACCAUCAGUCGAACAAACCCGACCAGCGUAUAAAGGCAAGCAACAGCGGUUUCAAAAUGGCACCACAUCGAACUUCAACUCAUAUACAAAUAUUGGCAGCUACAUUCCACCACCGCCACGAACUAUCCCGCCACGUUAA